AUACUUUUCUGGCUUUUUCUCCCAACCUUGCCCCUGCCUCAUACUCUGGAAGCCGGCUUAUAGAAAUCUUCUCCUAUUCGUUUGGUCUGCUUUUGCGCAACGUCCUUCUCUCGACUGCCUUCCAGCCGCCCACCGCUCUGAAGGGUAAGAGGGACGGAGAGGUCUCGCGAUCAGCAUCAUUUAUCCGGCUUCUCCCUAAUCAUUCGUUCGCUUUGUUUCCGCCUGUUUUCUCAUUCGGCGGGCUACCAUUCCGCGGAACAGCAUGGCGCCUCUAAUGCCCCAGGCCCCCCACAAGGAUGACUUGGAAGAAACAUGGGUAUUCCUAGAGAACGGCAUCAACAAUGUCAUGGUCAAACUGGAGGACGGGGUGGACAUGAAGAACUACAUGGCCCUAUACACAGCGGUCCACAACUUCUGCACCUCUCACAAAGCUGUCAGCGGUCAAGCCAUACAAGCACAGCGUGGUGCACACUUGCUCGGAGAGGAGCUUUAUCGGAAACUUGGAGAAUACUUGUCGCGCCAUCUUGAGUGGGUCCACGGAGAAUCGAUGGGUCAUACGGAUGAAGCUCUACUUUCAUUUUAUAUUCGGGAAUGGCAAAGGUAUACGACCGCUGCCAAAUAUAUAAACCAUCUCUUCAGAUACCUGAACCGCCACUGGGUCAAGCGAGAAAUCGAUGAAGGGAAAAAGAACGUAUAUGAUGUGUAUACUCAACACUUGGUAAAGUGGAAGGAGGAUUUCUUCCUCAAGGUGCAUGAAAAGGUCAUGGGCGCGGUUCUUAAGCUUGUCGAAAAGCAACGGAAUGGGGAGACCAUUGAGCAAUCGCGGAUUAAGAGCAUUGUUGAUUCAUUUGUCUCUCUCGGACUUGAUGAAACUGACCCCACGAAGUCCACCCUUGAAAUUUACCGCUAUUACUUCCAACGGCCUUUCCUCGAAGCUACCAGGAUCUAUUAUGAGGAUGAGUCGCGUCAGUUUGUGGCGGACAACAGCGUUGUGGAGUACAUGAAGAAAGCAGAAAUCCGUCUCGAAGAGGAGAAAGCACGUGUUGGACUCUAUUUGAACAACGAUAUUUCAAAAGAUCUAACCAGCACCUGUUUGGAUGUACUUGUCACUGCGCACUCGGAGCUCCUCCGUGACGAAUUCCAACCGCUGCUCGACAACGAACGUCAAGAUGAUCUCGCCCGGAUGUACCGGCUUUUGUCACGAAUCAAAGAUGGGCUGGACCCUCUUCGCACAAAAUUCGAAGCACACGUAAGGAGGGCUGGUUUGUCUGCAGUUGAGAAGGUUGCUGCUGAAGGUGACUCCUUCGAGCCCAAGAUGUACGUCGAUGCAUUGCUGUCGGUGCACACCAGAUACCACAGUCUCGUCAAGGAAGCUUUCAAUGGCGAGUCCGAAUUUGUCCGCUCGCUUGACAACGCUUGUCGCGAGUUUGUAAAUCGCAACAAGAUCUGCAAGUCCGGGUCUACGAAGACACCAGAAUUACUAGCCAAGUACACGGAUUCUCUGCUGAAGAGGGGAUCAAAAGCUGCGGAGGAGUCAGAGCUGGAGGAGAUGUUGGUACAGAUCAUGACCGUCUUCAAGUACAUUGAAGACAAGGAUGUCUUCCAAAAAUUCUACUCCAAGAUGCUUGCUAAGCGACUAGUCCAUGUGAGCUCAGUAUCUGAUGACGCCGAGACUAGCAUGAUCAGCAAACUCAAGGAGGCGUGUGGUUUUGAGUACACGAACAAGUUGCAGCGGAUGUUCCAGGAUAUCCAGAUUUCAAAGGAUCUGAACUCAAGCUACAAGGACUGGCUUGAGAAAUCUUUCUUGGAUGAUGAUGACCGAAAGAAGCUUGUGGACUCGCACUUCCAAAUUCUCGGGACCGGUUUCUGGCCACUCACGGCCCCUUCAACUUCUUUCCUUGCUCCGCCUGAAAUUGUCAAAACUUCUGAGCGUUUUCAGAAGUUCUAUUGCGAUAAGCAUAACGGUCGAAAGCUAACCUGGCUCUGGCAGCUGUGUAAGGGCGAGCUCAAGGCCAAUUACAUCAAGAACACCAAGGUCCCAUACACUUUCCUUGUGUCUACGUACCAAAUGGGCAUCCUCCUUCUCUUCAACGAGAGCGACACGUUGACAUACUCUGAUAUACAAAAGGCCACUACUCUCACACCUGAAAUCCUUGAUCCAAACCUGAGCAUUUUCUUAAAGGCCAAGGUCCUUAACAUUAGUCCUGAAGGAUCUAAACCCGGGCCAGACUCGACCUUCUCCCUGAACUACAACUUCAAAAAUAAGAAGAUCAAGGUCAAUCUCAACAUCCAAAUUAGGUCCGAGCAGAAGGUCGAGACGGAUGACACACAUAAGACAAUCGAGGAAGACCGCAAGCUCUUGCUCCAGUCCGCAAUCGUCAGAAUCAUGAAAUCCAGGAAGAAGAUGAAGCACGUACAGCUUGUGCAGGAAGUAAUUCACCAGGUCAAAUCACGCUUCCCCCCCCAAGUACCCGACAUCAAGAAGAACAUCGAAGCAUUGAUGGAGAAGGAUUACAUCGAGCGUCUGGACGGCGAUGAAAUCGCUUACAUUGCAUGAUUUUCUUCUCUCAAAUCUACUUUACUUAUUCAUCAUAUCUCUAUUCCAAUUUCUUCCUUUAGGCGUUUCCUCUUUGCGAGACCAUGGAUUCAUCAGCCAGUAUCAUGUCCCUGUUAGCACCACUUCCUUGUCUUCUGUCUACAACUACUCUUCCCAACUCUGCAAGCUAGCCGACUGCGACCUCCACCUGCCAUUUUCUACUUAGACUAAGAGAAUGAGUUACCUUCGUCGUGAUAUAGAUAAGAUAUGCUGCAGUGUGUUUGA